GACUGCAGACUGUACAGGGGAUAACCCAGAGAUUGCAGACACAGUACAGGGGAUGACCAGAGACUGCAGACAGUACAGGGGAUGACCAGAGACUGCAGACAGUACAGGGGAUGACCAGAGACUGUGAACCUUUGGGGAGGGAGGGGGGAUGUGGGCACCCGGCUGUGACAGCCAGGUGCCCACUGCGCAUAAGACGCCGGACCAUUCACAAAGCGCAGCACAUCUCGCGCAUGCGCAGUGGGCACCUGGCUGUCACAGCCGGGUGCCCACACUAAAGAUGCCAACGACGGAAGACUG